AUGUUAUCAAUCGUUAAAUAUCGCCUCCCCCCCCCUCAAUCAACUUUUUUUUUCUUUUUUUCGGUCGCUACUGAACUCUUUCUCUCAAUCACCGCCCCCACCAAAUAUCUGUUUCUCUCACUGUCUCCCUCUCUUUCAAUUUCUAUCUAUCCAUCUCUUAACCUCUCUUACCUCCUCUCUCUUUCUCUCUCUCUCACAUACAAACACUCUUCUUCUUUCUCACACCCGUGUUUCUCUAUCUCUCGCACUUUUAUGAUUCUCUCUCUCACCUUUGUGUGUUUCUCCCCUUCUCUCUCUCUCUCUCUCUCUCUCUUACACACACACACCUCUGUUUUUCUCUCUUUAUCUCAUCCUUCUCUAUUUUCUUACUCUCACCCUUUUCCGUUUUCUAUCUCUCUCUAUCACCCCCUUUUUGUGCUUCUCCUCUCUUUCGGCCUCUCUCUGUGUUUCUCACUUAGUUUGCACACUGUCACUUUCUUGAAGGGUGUUGCUUACUUAAUAGGAAACUGGUGUAUCGAGUGUCUUCUUGUGUCACGCCUGCGCCAUUGUUCCCACCCCCUCCACCCUCCUUCUCUCUCUCUCUCCCUCCCUCUCUCUCUCCCUCCCUCUCUCUCUCUCUCCCUCUCCCUCCCCUCUCUCUCUCUCUCUCCCUCUCUUCCUCUCUCUCUCUAA